AUCGCAGCAGUGACGCAUUUCCGUUUGCCAAGACGCGGCUGUGACAUGAUCGUAUUCUCGGAGAAUAAAAGAAUCAAACUGUAACUUCCACCUGUGCAACCCGGCAGCUCCACCGCGCUUGAGUUAGCUUAUGAAACACAACGAGAAUUACGUACGGUGUGAGACGUCUAACUUUGAUCACGUAAGAGAGAAUAGCUAUUAAUUUUCCUAGGUUAAAGUGAUAAGAUUCUGCUAUGGCCAAGGUCCAAGUGUUAAAUGUUGCUGUGCUGGACAACCCGAGCCCAUUUGGCAAUCCGUUUCAAUUCGAAAUAACGUUUGAAUGCAUGGAGGAUUUGCCGGAAGAUCUGGAGUGGAAGAUCAUCUAUGUCGGCUCAGCUGAAAGCGAGGAGUACGACCAGGUUCUGGACUCAGUUUUAGUCGGCCCUGUACCAGCUGGCAGACACAUGUUUGUGUUUCAGGCUGAUGCUCCUAACACAGGCCUGAUUCCAGAGAGUGAUGCUGUAGGGGUAACCGUAGUCCUCAUAACCUGCACCUAUCGUGGACAGGAGUUCAUCCGCAUUGGUUACUAUGUCAACAAUGAAUACACAGACCCAGAACUACGAGAAAAUCCACCUUUAAAACCAGACUACUCUCAGCUCCAGAGGAAUAUCCUGGCCUCCAACCCACGCGUCACCCGCUUUCAUAUCAACUGGGAGGGCUUGGCAGACAAGAUGGAAGAUAGUGAGAAUGUUGACCCAUCCCCCAACAUCAGUGGUAUGCUCCCCCCAUCCUGCAUACCAGGAAAGCUGCCACCCCUUGGACUGAUGCCAGACAACUCCAUGGACUGCAUGUAAGACUCAUGGAAUUCAUAUAACGGACAAAAAGUUCUUCAUAUCUAUAUAAUCACCCACAUCUCAGCCACACAUUUGAAUAAAGACAACAUGGAUGUAUCUACAUGACAGGUGAGCAUUAACAGGACAUUCUGACGCAGCAUCAUGGACAUUAUCCCUGUGUGGCACAGAAAAAUGGGAUGGGCCUGGAAUUACUACCAACUUUGGUUCCUUUCUUGGAUGCUCUCUUCUGAACACGCUUAGAACUGCACGGCCAGGAUUGCCUUAAUUUAUUGCAUCUUUGUCUUAGAUAAUGUUCAGUUUGAGGCUUUAAAGUCAUGCUUAUGCACUGAUUUUAGUAACCAUUUUUUUUUAUUGUCCAUUUAGUCCUCUGAUGCCUGCCCACGGAAAAAAUCUUGGGUUAAAUACGGUGCCAUGUUGGUGCAAUGCUGAGUAAAACUGUAGUUGGAAAGUUUCCCCUGGAGGUUCACAUUUCUUAGUAAACCUAGUUCUUGGAGCUGUUCUCAGAUACUUUAACCUUCUUUUAUACAUUAAAUAAAAUGUACCAAACAGUAAGUUAAAGGGGAAAUUGAUGCCAUAUUUUCAAGUCUUGUGGUUGACUGUAAAUAAUGUAAUCCCAGCGCUUAUUUCGUCUUAAAACAGAAGGCACAGUUUCAUUUUCUAUUUGCUAUACUGUAUAUUCUCUGCAUUGGUGUUGUAAAAGUGAAGUUAAUAAAGUCUGUUUUGCUGA